AUGGCGGCUGCCAGCCUCGCACCUGGCCAGAACCUUGCUCACAUCCUUCCGCCAUCAUGGCGCGAGGACAUCCCGCGAUGGUUUGCGGAAGAUACCCCGUCGUUCGACUGGGCCGGUUUCGUCGUUGGCGAGGAGCAGCAAGAGGCGGUGCUCUGGGGCAAGAGCGGGGGCAUCUUGGCAGGUGUACCCUUCUUUGAGGAGAUCAUGCGAUAUGUCGGGUGCGAGGUCGAAUGGCUCAUGGCCGAGAGAUCUGUCGUACCGUCCAAUAGCAAGACAAAAGUCGCCAUCGUCCGCGGCAAGGCGAGGCAGCUGCUUCUCGGCGAAAGGGUAGCCCUCAAUACCCUCGCGAGAUGUAGCGGGAUAGCGACAGUAUCUCGUCGUUUCCGUGAUUUGGCCGCCUCGACGGGAUGGAAGGGCACCAUCGCUGGAACCCGCAAGACUACCCCCGGCUUUCGUACGGUCGAAAAGUACGGGAUGAUGGUUGGUGGGGUCGACCCACAUCGGCACGAUCUGAGCAGUAUGGUCAUGCUCAAGGACAACCACAUCUGGGCUAGCGGCUCAAUCACCAAAUCCAUCCAAUCCGUGCGGCGCGUCGCAGGCCACACCCUUCUCGUUAACGUCGAAUGCCAAUCCUUUGCCGAGGCAGACGAGGCCAUCACCGCCGGCGCCAACAUUGUCAUGCUGGACAAUCUGGUCGGGGAGGAGCUGCACGGCUCUGCCAAGCAGCUCAAGGAGAAGUGGGCGGGCAAGCGGCAGUUCUUGAUUGAGACGAGCGGUGGUAUCACGGAGGAUGGGCUGCAGGGGAGAUUGAGCGAAUGGGUGGAUGUGCUGAGCACGAGUGCGGUCCAUCAGAGCUGCCAGCAUGUCGACUUUUCGCUCAAAAUCCAGCCCAAGAAGGCUGCAGCAUCUACCGCUCAGGCGCAAGACUCUGCAGUAUGA